ACCUCAUCUCAUACUUUCCAACCAACACGAAGACCCUAUGUCUCCUCCAUCAGAAGUAGACGUUAUCAUUUGCGGUGGAGGCGCUGCCGGCAGCGUUGUGGCGGGCCGACUCGCAACGGCAGACCCAUCUCUGAGUAUCCUCGUGGUGGAAGGCGGGAAGAACAACCACAAUCUUCUUACAGUUGUUCGGCCAGCGUUGUUUCUCACCCACAUGACGCCCGGUUCAACCACGGCCAGGUUUUACAAGGGGAAAGCAUCCAAACAGCUCAAUGGACGAGAGCCAAUUAUUCCUGUAGCAAAUAUUCUAGGUGGUGGAUCAAGCAUCAACUUCCUGAUGUACACCAGGGCUAGUCGGUCGGAUUACGACGACUGGAAGACUGAAGGCUGGACUGCAGACGAUUUGAUCCCGCUACUAAGGAAAACCGAGACCUACCAUCUCGAGAACAAAGACCCCGCAAUCCACGGGUUUGAGGGACCUCUGCACGUCUCCCACGGGGGGCACGGGUCUGAGACUACCGAUCAGCUCCUUGAGGCUGCCAAGUCUAUGGGAUACAAGAUUACCAAAGAUUUACAAGAUCUCAAUGAGUCUAAUGCCUUCGAGAAAUGGCCCAAAUGGAUUAACCCCGAGACUGGCCGGCGCUGCGAUGCCCCGCACGGCUUCAUUCACCCUCAGAUUGAGAAGGGUUGUAAUCUCCACCUUCUAUGUGAAACCAAGGUUGCCCGCGUAAUUAUCGAGAACGGAAAGGCUGUAGGGGUCGAAGUAGUUCCUGCCGAAGCACCCGCCGACUCCUCUGUCCCAGUGACUACCACCAUUAAAGCUAGGAAGCUCGUUGUUGUGUCAUCUGGUGCCCUUGGCACCCCGCAAAUUCUCGAGAGAUCCGGUAUCGGUGCGCCAGAGGUCUUGAAUGCGGCCGGAAUUAAGCAAGUCGUUGACCUCCCAGGUGUGGGAACAAACUACCAAGACCAUAAUUUGCUUCUCCAAUCCUUCCGUGUAGCACCGGAGACCACUACGCACGACGAUUUCAUUCGCGGCAGCACCGACGUCCUCGAACAGGGCGAGAAGGAUUUUGCCAACGGAAAGGGAAUUUACACAACAAACUUUGUCAAUGCCGGUGGUAAGGUCCGACCGACCCAAGAGGAGAUUGAAGAGAUGGGGCCCGAAUUCCGGAAACUCUACGACGAGUACUUCAAGGAUGCUCCGGAUAAACCCGUUAUGUUUGUCAGUCUAGGAAAUGCCUUCUUUGGUGACCAUACUCUUGUCCCACCUGGCAAGUAUAUAACAAUCGCGUUAUACCUGGAAUACCCCGCUUCCCGCGGUACUAUCCACGUUACCUCACCCUCGCCAUACGGGGAACCAGACCUUGAUCCCGGCUUCCUCACACACGAGGCCGAUAUCGGCCCAAAUAUCUGGGGCUACAAGCUCGGACGUGAGAUCGUACGCCGCAUGCCCUGCUAUCGCGGAGAGGUCCCAGCUUUUCACCCCAAGUUCGAUCCCUCAUCCGCAGCUCGUGCGCGGGAGAUUGACAUCGAGACCUCAGAGGAGAUCCAGGAAUCCGCGCUGACUAGCGGAAAGAUCGAGAGUUUGGUAUACACUAAAGAGGACAACCGCGCUAUCGAGGAAUGGGUCCGCGAGAAUGUCGCCACUACGUGGCAUUCUAUGGGCACUUGUGCCAUGAAGCCGAGAGAACAAGGUGGUGUUGUCGAUAGUAAAUUGAACGUGUACGGCGUUGAAGGGCUCAAAUUGGCAGAUUUGUCAAUCUGCCCCGGGAAUGUCGGCGCAAAUACCUACUCUACAGCCCUUUUGGUCGGUGAGAAGGCGGCCAUUUUGGUCGGAGAGUGCUUGGGUCUUAAGAAUGUUUAA